UGUUUAUCUGAACUGGGCUGAGCUCCACAUACUCUCUCAGGCAGCACAGGGGUAGAGCCUGCUUUCAAUCAAUAACCUCUGGAAUUCAGAAAUACAAGUAGGUCCUGUCUCUGGCAGGCUCUGCCACACUCUUGUGGACGGCGGACUCCCUAGUGCACUGGUUAGAUCCCUCUGUGGAUUCCUCUGUCUGUCUGCCUUUCUCUCUCUCUCUACAGUUCUGAGGAGUGUUUGUGUAGUGUAGUGAGUAGCGACGAUGGCUGAUCCCACGUCUUCGGAUUACUUCAGCUGCCCACUGUGUGUGGGGCUGCUGAGAGACCCCGUGGCUAUCCCCUGCGGACACAGUUUCUGCAUGGACUGCAUCAGCGGCUACUGGAAUGAGGCAGACUACACAGGGAUCUACAUCUGCCCCCAGUGUAAGAUCACCUUCACCCAGAGGCCUGUGCUCAGGCCCAACACUAUGCUCACCAAGGUGGCAGAGAAGAUCAAGAAGACUGGUGCCAACCUCAACCUGAACCUCACACCCCCAGGGAACACCUUUGCUGGGCCUGCCGACGUGCCCUGUGACUACUGCUCUGGAAAGAAGCUCAAGGCUGUUAAGUCCUGCUUGAACUGCCUGGCCUCAUACUGUGAGAAGCACCUGAAGCCCCACUAUGAGUCAGCCACAUUCAAAAGGCACAAGCUGGUGGACGAGCUGGGGAACCUGGACAGAAAGAUCUGCCCCCAGCACCAGAAGUCCCUGGAGCUGUUUUGCCGGACUGACCAGAUGUGUAUCUGUGCCAUCUGUACUGUCAGCGAACACAAGGGACAUGACAUCGUCUCAGCCGAGACAGAGAGGAGUGAGAAACAGAAACUCCUGGGAGUUGCUCAAGCUGAGAUCAGACAGAAAUGUCAGGACAGGGUGAAGGAGCUGGAGGAACUGAGAACAGCAGUGGACUCACUAAAGAGCUCAGCCCGGAGGGCCAUGGCGGAGAGUGAGAAGAUGUUUGAGGAUAUGAUCCGCUCCAUCGAGAGAAUGAGGUCAGAGGUGACAAAAAUGAUUGGCAUCAACGAGAAGGCUGCAUUCAACCAGGCUGAGGGGCUGGUGGAGAGGCUGGAGCAGGAGAUAGAUGAGCUGAAGAAGAAGGAGACGGGACUCAAACAGCUGUACAGCACUGAGGACCACAUCCACUUCCUACAGAACUUCAACUAUCUGUGUACUCCCACGGAUGAUGGCUUUAUCCCCAGAGUGUCGGUGAACCCAGACUUCUCGUUCAGCGCAGCCAGGAAAGCCGUGGCAGAGAUCAAGGAUCGUCUGGAGGAGCUGGGUAGAGAGGAACUUGUGAAGAUCUCCAAGUCAGUGAACGAGGUCCCUGUUUAUACGACAGAAAAGAGAGAGAAAAGCAGCAGAGUCAUAGACGUCAUGACAGUGGACAGCCCUCCUCCACCAGAGCCCAAGACCAGAUCAGAGUUUCUGAAAUACUUCUGCCAGCUGAGACUGGACCCCAGCACAGCCUACAAGGAGCUACACCUGUCGGAGAGCAGCAGAAAGGUGAUCCGAACCAGGGACCUCCAGCCCUACUCUGACACCCCGGAAAGGUUUGACAGCUUCGCGCAAGUGCUGUGCCGCGAGGCCCUGUCUGGUGGCCGCUUCUACUGGGAGAUCGAGUGGAGCGGGGAGUUCUCCAUGGGGGUGGCCUAUAAGGGAAUCAGCCGCAAGGGGAAAGGAUCGCUGUGUCUGCUGGGCUAUAAUGAUAAGUCUUGGAGCCUGCUGUGUUCUGAUACAGGGUACUCAGCCUGGCACAACAGGGCAGAUAAAGCCAUCAAUGCGCCCCAUUCACCGAGGAUAGGGGUCUACCUAGACCACUCGGCAGGGGUCCUGGCCUUCUUCAGUAUAGGCAACCACAUGACUCUCCUGCACAGGUUCGAAACCAUGUUUGUGGAGCCCCUCUAUCCCGGCUUUGGAGUUGGAACCUCGGUCAAGAUCUGUCAACUCAAAUGAACACUAACAUGUGCCUCUUAUUCCAUGGUGAAAAAUAUAAUCACAGUUUUUUUAAAGGACGUUUUGGUUUAUUUUUCACACGGUUCGCUAAGCAUCAUUUGUAAUUUGUUUUUGUUUUUCUUUGAGACUGACUGUGCCACAUUGCUCUAUCCAAGAGUUCUAUUUUAUGAAUUUUCUAAACAUUUGAAUGAGCAAAGGUCGUAAUAAUUACAUUGUAUGUAAACAUAUAACCUUUAUCUGACCAAGUAUUCCUUAUCUAAUGGUAUUUUGAAAAACUAGUAUCUACAUGGCCAACUAAAUGUGUUUGUACUGUAUGUUACAGUUAGCUUUUUAUGACAAGAAUAACUAUUUUUAAUAAAGAUGAAAUGACUACUCAUAUAUAUAUAUACACACAAAAGUUCAACAUUUGUAGAUUUGGCUAUUUCAGCCACACUUGUUGCUGAUAGGUGUAUAAAAUUGAGCACACAGCCAUGCAUUCUCCAUAAACAAACAUUGGCAGUAGAAUAGAACUGAAGAGCUCAGUGACUUUCAACGUGGCACCGUCAAAGGAUGCCACCUUUGUAAGUCAGUUUGUCAAAUGUAUGCACUGCUAGAGCUGCCCCGGUCAACGCUAAGUGCUGCUAUUGUGAAGUGGAAACAUCUUGAAGCAACAAGGGCUCAGCCGCAAAGUGGUAGGCCACACAAGCUCACAGAAUGGGACCGAGUGCUGAAGCGCGUAGUGCGUAAAAAUCAUCUGUCCUCAGUUGCAACACUCAAUUGCUGAAGUUCCAAACUGCCUCUGGAAGCAAAGUCAGCACAAGAACUGUUUGUCGGGAGCUUCGUGAAUUGGUUUUCAUGGCCAAGCAGCCUAAAAUCAUGAUGCGCAAUGCCAAGCAUCAGCUGGAGUGGUGUAAAGCUCGCCGCCAUUGGACUUUGGAGCAGUGGAAACGCGUUCUCUGGAGUGAUUAAUCACGCUUCACCAUCUGGCAGUCCAACAGACGAAUUUGGGUUUGGCUGAUGCCAGGAGAACGAUACCUGCCCCAAGUCAUAGUGCCAGCGGUAAAGUUUGGUGGAUGAGGAAUAAUGGUCUGGGGCUGUUUUUCAUGGUUGGGGCUAGGCCCUUUAGUUCCAGUGAAGGGAAAUCUUAAUGCUACAGCAAACAAUGCCAUUCUAGAUGAUUCUGUGCUUCCAACUUUGCAGCAACAGUUUGGAGAAGGCCCUUUCCUGUUUCAGGAUGACAAUGCCCUCCGUGCACAAAGCGAGGUCCAUACAGAAAUGGUUUGUCGAGAUCGGUGUGGAAGAACUUCACUGGCCUGCACAGAGCUGACCAAUAGUAUGUGGACAGCUGCUCGUCGAACAUCUCAUUCCAAAAUCAUGGGCAUUAAUAUGUAGUUGCUGCUUUAACAGCCUCCACUCUUCUGGGAAGGCUUUCCACUAGAUGUUGGAAUAUUGCUGCAUUCCAAUUCAUCCCAAAGGUGUUCGAUGGGGAUGACACUCAUGAUUAUUUUAUAUAUAUAUAUAGCAUAUAUACUGCAUAUAUAUAUACCACAUACAGUAUAUUCCGGUCUCUGACAUUGCUCAUUCUGAUAUUUCUUAAUUUCUAUAUUAUUUUUCGUGAUUAUGUGUGUAUUGGGUUUAAAUGUUUUUAUUGAUGUGGGUAUUACUGCACUGUUAAAGCUAGAAACAUUUCGCUGUUCCUGCGAUAACAUCUGUAAAUGUGUGUACAUGACCAAUAAACUUUGACUUGAUA